AUGCUCGACCCCACCUUCCACAUCACGACCCCACGCCUCCACCUCUCCUACCUCGACCCCUCCAACGACGCGCACAUGGAGUACAUAGCGCGACUAAAAAACAGCCCCGAAAUGCGCGCCAUGGAAGCGCAAACCCCCGCACGCUUCAAUCCACAACCACUAACCCUGUCCACCGCGCGCGCGGCCCAAGCCGCCGGCGCCGAACGCCUCGAGCGAACAGGGACCGGCCGCUACAUCAUCUCGCUCCGCGACCCGGACCGCGCCUUCACGGAGCAGCAAGAGCGCGAGUACGUUGGCACCGUGUCCAUGCAGCUCCAGCGCUUCCCUGAUGCUGUUUGUCCCGCUGUUCCAGACGUGGGGUUCGCGCUCCUCGCCGCGUACCAGGGAAGGGGGUUUGCUCGUGAGGCUUGUACGGCGCUCAUGCGAGAACUUGGCGAGCCAGAAGCUUUUUACGAGGUUGGGGUUUGA